AGGACUGCAUCCUAGAACCACUGUCCCUGCCAGAAAGUCCAGGUGGCGCCACCACUUUAGAAGGUUCUCCAUCUGUGCCUUGUAUUUUCUGUGAAGAACACUUUCCUGUGGCUGAACAAGACAAACUUCUGAAGCACAUGAUUAUUGAGCAUAAGAUUGUCAUAGCUGAUGUAAAGUUGGUUGCUGAUUUCCAAAGGUACAUUCUAUACUGGAGGAAAAGGUUCACUGAGCAGCCCAUCACAAAUUUUUGCAGUGUGAUAAGAAUCAAUUCCACCGCUCCGCCUGAAGAACAAGACAAUUAUUUUUUGUUGUGUGAUGUUUUACCAGAAGACAGAUGUCUUCGAGAAGAGCUUCAGAAACAGAGACUGAAAGAAAUUCUGGAACAGCAGCAGCAAGAAAGAAAUGACACCAAUUUUUAUGGCAUUUGUAUGUUUUGCAAUGUGGAAUUCUCCGGUAACAGAUCUGUUCUUUUGAACCACAUGGCCAGAGAACAUGCUUUCAACAUGGGCUUGCCAGACAACAUUGUAAACUGCAAUGAAUUUUUAUAUACAUUACAGAAAAAGCUUGACAACUUGCAGUGCUUAUACUGUGAGAAGACCUUCAGGGAUAAAAAUACACUUAAAGACCAUAUGAGAAAAAAACAGCAUCGGAGGAUCAACCCUAAGAACAGAGAGUAUGACCGAUUUUAUGUCAUCAAUUAUUUGGAAUUUGGAAAAUCUUGGGAAGAAGUUCAGUUGGAAGACGAUCGGGAGUUGCUGGACCAUCCGGAUGAUGACUGGUCUGAUUGGGAAGAACACCCGGUCUCUGCUGUCUGCCUGUUUUGUGAAAAGCAAGCCGAAACAAUCGAGAUGUUAUAUGUCCACAUGGAGGAUGCACAUGAAUUUGAUCUCCUCAAAAUAAAAUCAGAACUUGGGUUAAAUUUCUAUCAGCAAGUGAAACUGGUUAACUUCAUCCGGAGGGAAGUUCACCAGUGCAGGUGUUACGGGUGCCACGUGAAGUUUAAGUCCAAAGCCGAGUUAAGGACUCACAUGGAGGAAACGAAGCACAUAACGCUGCUUCCUGACAGACAGACCUGGGACCAGCUGCAGUAUUAUUUCCCAACCUAUGAAAAUGACACUCUCCUGUGUACACUGUCUGACAGUGAAAGUGACCUGACUGCUCAGGAACAAAAUGAAAAGAUUCCCGUCAUUAGUGAAGAUACAUCGAAACUGCACGCUUUGAAACAGAGCAGCAUUUUAAACCAGUUGCUGCUAAAAGAGGGCUUGAAAAACUAGAAGAGACUGCUCCAGAAGCAAAUUGGAACGUUUUCUCCCAUGAGACAGGUGCAGAAGCAAGGUUUCAACUUGAACAUCAGAGAAGAAUUCAUCCUGAGAGGAAUUGUUUUUUGUUAAAAUAAAGUAGAAAAAU